AUGAGGUUUCUUGCAUCGUUUGUGUUUCCUGUGUUAACCUUGGUAUCGGGCUCAAUGGCCUACUCCAUUACGGCUCGUGCUCUCUAUAUUGAUGACACCCCAAUCUCGGAGUAUGAGGGUCCUUCUGAUAACGUGGACCACCUCACGGUGGAUUCUCCAAAAUCCCAUAUUACAUUGGGUGUGAAGUUCGACAGUCAUACCCAGCCACACCAAUUGUCCUUUUUAUACACCAAUGGUAAUGGUUUGGACCACGCCGUCUAUCCUGGUUGGUUUGACGACGAGGCUGGGCCAAUGGGAAGAACUGUCACUCCAAUUGCCAAGUUACCUCCAUCAUUGUUGGCUGCCGACAAGGUCCAGUUGUACGUGGUUGCUGCUAAUGAUGACGAUGAAGUGCCUAAUCUUGUGCAACUUAUUGCUGACAUUGAGUUUUCUGACGCUUUUAGAGAUGCAACAAGAGGGUACACUGCACCUACUAGAUUGGGUGCCAAACCUGAGAUUCACCAUGUUUUCAGAUCUGACCAGGCCACUGUCAACCCCGUCAUUCCCGUGGCUUUCAGUGCUGUUGCUGCAGGUCUUUUGAUUGUGUUGUUGGGCGCCUGGGGUACUACUUUGGGUAGCUCGUUGUUUAGAUCUACAGGUGAAAGCACCAUGAAAACUUCCUUGUUGGUUAUCCUUGCCAGUUUCGAGUAUACCUUCAUCAGGUACUACUUGGGUGCUACCAUCUUCACCACUAUUUUCCAUGUUGCUGUUCUUACGGUUCCUGCGCUCAUUGUGGGUUCAAAGGCGUUGGGUCUGUUGGCAAAGGUUCGUUCUACUACUGCUGCUCACGCAUGA